UCGGCUGGGUCUCUCCCUCUGCCACCAUCCUUCCGCCCACCGCCCUCCCCGUCCUCCGGCUAGAGGCGUGACGGAGGCGCUCUUAACUCGCUCGGGACCGGCCCCGGACCGGCUGGGCCGGUUCUCUGGGCGUGGUAGAAAUGCGCCCCGGCGGGACGCCCCGGGGUGCGGAGCAUGCAUUCUCGGGACGGAGGCUGGCGGCCAGUUGGGUUGGAGGGCUGCCUGCGAAGCGACGGAGGGCUCCCUCCACCUACGCAGUUGGGGGCGCCUGCUCCCUUUCCUUUCGUGUGACUCUUGAACCCUGGGGUAUUGUGAAACCUGGGUUGGACUGCGGCCACCGAUGCCUCCUCCGCCUGUUAGAAACCACCAGCCCUGGUUAGCGUAAUGCCUUUUUUUUUUUUUUUUUUUGUCUUGUUGGCUUAGAGGUCUCUUGGCUUUUCCAACUCUUUCUUGCCCAGAGGCCCAAAAACAAAUUGUGUUAACUGAUCUCUGAAGAACCACAAUUUCCCCCCGGAGGAGUCUUGUGUGUGUUUUGUUCUUUUUUUUGAUUAAGGUAUUAUUGAUAUACACUCUUAUGAAGGUUUCACAUGAAAAAGCGAUGUGAUUACUACAUUUACCCAUGUUAUCGUGUCACCCUCUCCCGUACCCCAUGGCAGUCACUACCCAACAGUAUAGUAAGAUGCCACAGAGUCAUUAUUUGCCCUCUCUGUGUUAUGUUUUGUUCUUUCCGUGAAAAUGAUUUGCUUUAAAGCAAACUUUAUGAGUUUCUGCCUCCAUUACAGCAACCUCCCAAAAUGCCCGAAAGGAAUAAAAAGAGGCAGACUACUGGAAGUCACAACCAAAGAAAUUCUGCGAUUACUGCAAGUGCUGGAUAGCAGACAAUAGGCCUAGUGUUGAAUUUCAUGAAAGAGGAAAGAAUCAUAAGGAAAAUGUGGCAAAGAGAAUCAGUGAGAUUAAACAGAAAAGCCUGGAUAAAGCAAAGGAAGAAGAAAAGGCAUCAAAGGAGUUUGCUGCAAUGGAGGCAGCUGCCCUGAAAGCAUACCAAGAGGAUUUGAAAAGGCUUGGCUUGGAGUCAGAAAUUUCAGAGCCAAGCAUAUCACCAGUAACCAGCACUGUCCCACCUCCCAGUGCAUCAAAACAGCAGAAGGAAAAAAAGAAAAAGAAAAAAGAUCCUUCAAAGGGCAGGUGGAUAGAAGGCAUAACCUCUGAGGGUUACCAUUACUAUUAUGAUCUCAUCACAGGAGCAUCUCAGUGGGAGAAACCUGAAGGAUUUCAAGGAAACUUAAAAAAGGCAGCAGUGAAGACUGUUUGGGUAGAGGGUCUCAGUAAAGAUGGCUAUACCUAUUAUUAUAAUACAGAAACAGGAGAAUCCAGAUGGGAAAAGCCUGAUGAUUUCAUUCCACACACUGGUGAUCUGCUUUCUAGUAAAGCCAGUGAAAAGUCCCUUGGCACCCUGGAGGAGUCCAAAUCAUCAGAUGUGCACAGUGAUUCUGACGGGGAAAAGGAAGCAGAAAAAAGAGAGGUCUCCACAGAAACACAAAAGCUAAAAAUAAAGUUUAAGGUAAAAAAUAAAAAUAGUGGUAAAGGAACUGAACCAGAAACAGUGAAAAAAAAAAAUAUCCAACAGCAGAAUUUAUCAGGUCCAAAUGGUAAAGGAACUGAACCAGAAACACAGAAAAAAAAAAAUGUCCAACAGCAGAAUUCAUCAGGUUCAAAUGAAGAAAAAUCCAAAGUUUAUAAAAAAUCAAAUCCAUAUGGAGAAUGGCAAGAAAUUAAACAAGAAAUUGAAUCUCAUGAGGAGGUAGAUUUGGAACUUCCAAGCAGUGAGAAUGAAUAUGUAUCAACUUCAGAAGCUGAUGUUGGUGUGGAACCCAAAGUGGUAUUUAAAGAAAAGACAGUCACUUCUCUUGGAAUUGUGGCAGAUGGAGUAGCCCCAGUUUUCAAAAAGAGAAGAAUUGAAAAUGGAAAAUCUAGAAAUUUAAGGCAACGAGGUGAUGAUCAAUAAUUAUAAAAGAGCAUUUUUGUACAUGCUUUUUGGAGAGAAUAGAGACCAUACAUCUUAAAGCUUCUAGGUGUGUGUUUCUAAGUACUGUGAUGCUAAAAUUUAGAUUUAUUCUAAAUGUAUUUUUCAUGAAUUUAAAAUAAAUUUAUGUUUGUUCCUAAAAUGGAAGCCUA